AUGGAAGCACAGAACAGCACCACAGAGAGGGAAACAAGGCGCUCUGCCUCUGCUACACACUGUCUCCUCCACCAGAAUUACAUCAAAUACAGGGAGACGACUUCUUACAGGGAAAAAGCUGAUGUCAAACGGUCGCUUCUAUCCUGGGCCGGCCGGGCAGGGGUGGUGGUUGCGGCGGCAGCUCGGGCUCCCAGCGCGCUGGGCCUCUGCACCGCCCCCGCCUCCUCCCGCCGCGGGCAGCGGCCUCCCCGGGCGCCCAGUGGCGGUGGAGUCGGGGGAGAGGGAAAUUCCACCGGCCGCCUUGUGCCAGAGAUAAAAGCGGGCUGCCGGCCCCAUUGUCUGACGGAGCUCCCUCCCUGCUUUUUGUUAUCGCCUCGCCGCCCCGCCCCUCCGCAGCUCUGGAGGCUCCUCCCGCUCUGGGUCCGCGGCCGCCCUGGCUUUCCUCGCCCUCCGCCCCGGCCAGGCCCGGGCCUCGCGCCCGCCGUGGAGAAGACAGAGCUGAUCCAGAAGGCCAAGCUGGCCGAGCGCUACGACGACAUGGCCACCUGCAUGAAGGCCGGGACCAAGCAGGGCGCCGAGCUGUCCAAGGAGGAGCGCAACCUGCUUUCCGUGGCCUACAAGAACGUGGUCGGGGCCGCAGGUCCGCCUGGGGCGUCAUCUGGAGCAUGGAGCAGAAUACCUACACCUCCGACAAGAAGUUGCAGCUGAUUAAGGACUAUCAUACAGUUGCUUUGAGACAACCUAACGCUUUGGACAUCAGACAGUGCAGGAGAAGAAUGUGAUGUUGCAGAAGGGGCUGAAAUCUAAAUCCAUACAGUGUGUCAUCCUUCUUUACUUCAAGAAGCCUUUUUACACAUCUCCAUUCCUUAUUCCACUUGGAUUUCCUAUAGCAAAGAAACCCAUUCAUGUCUAUGGAAUCAACUGUUCAUAGGCUUUUCACACGCAGCUUUGGGAAAACUUCAUCCCUUGAUCUGUGUUUGUCUUGGCCUUCCUGGUGUGCAGUUACUGCUGUAGAAAAGUAUUAAUAGCUUCAUUUUAUAUAAACAUAAGUAAUUUCCAAACACUUAUACAGGACUAAAAAUGUAUCUGGUAUUUAAGUAAUCUGAACCAGUCCUGCAAGUGACUGUAUUACUGUGAAGAUAUGAAAAUGUUGUUAAUUACAGUUUGAAGAGUGUUCUACAUAACUUAAUUUCUACAUUCCCUCCCUUACUCUUCGGGGGUUUCCUUCCAAUAAGCAACUUUUCCAUGCUCUUAAUGUAUUCCUUUUUAGUAGGAAUCCAGAAAUAUUAGAUUGAAUGGAAAAGCACUUGCCAUCUCUGACUGGGAGUCACAAAUUGAAAUGCCUCCUGUGUCACAUAAGGAGGUCAUAUAUAUCUGUGGCAACAAGGAGUUUCCUUAUUCACUCUUUAUUUGUUGCUGUUUAAGUUGACAACCUCCCUUCCCAAUAAAAAUUCACUUACACCUCCCAAAAAAACAACUGAUACCAUAGAAGCAUAAAGUAGAAUGAUGGUUACCAGAGAUUGAGAAGGGGAGGGAAGAGAAGGGAAGAUAAGGAGAGAUUGGUCAAUGAAUAUAAAGUUACAAUUAGUAGGAAUACUUUCCGGUGUUCUAUUGUAUAGUAGGGUGACAAUGGUUAACAAUAAGGUAUUGCAUAUUACAAAAUAGCUAGAAGAGAGGCUUUUGAAUGUUCUCACCACAGAGAAAUGAUUGACUGUAUGAGGUGAUGGAUAUGCUAAACACCCUGAUUUGAUCAGUAUUAGUAUAUAUAUAGAAACAUCAAAUUGUACCCUGUAAAUAUGUACAGUAAUAAACUGUCAAUUAAAACUACGA